AGGAAAUUCUUUCUCAACACCUAGUGCCAGGUAACAGUUUCCAUGGCAACACGCGUUCAGGCAACAUGGAGUUCCUUCGGUGGAGUUGUCAUGAUGUUGCGAGAUGGAUUGAAUCUAUAGGAUUUCCACAAUACACCGCAUGUUUCACGGAGAACAUCAUCACUGGAAGGAAGCUCAUUUAUGUAAAUUGUGUCUACUUGCCAAGACUAGGAAUCACAGAUUUUAAAGACAUGCAGGCUAUAUCUGCUCGUGUGCGCGAGUUGCUGGGCAUCACAGAGACCCUGUGGAGUCACAGCAUCGCUGACCCUCCGAGGGACAGAGUGGGCCUGUUCUUGGAGAUGAAGAGCCGGACAGGCGAACGGGCAGACAGCCUCACCUACCAGCAGUUCCUAAAUGACACGUGUCAGCGAGAGCAGAAAAUGAGUCACAACAGUAAAGGAGCACAGUGAAAACCAAGACAUGUCAGUGUCAUUUCAUAUCGCCAGCUGUCAGCUCAAUAAGAUGAGACACUUGCAGUAGGUCACAGCCCUCUCACUUCCCACAAAUGCUCCCACACUGCUGUUGUUGUGACUCGUAAAAAUGUG